UAAUCUUUAGCUCAUAUAAGGUGUUCAUUGAAGCCUCAAAGUUCUUAAAGGAGGAAGAACAAAGAGAAAGUAGCUAUCUAGGCAUAUAUACUUCUAUAUAUCUAGCUUCAAGAUCUCACCUUUCUUCUUUAUUACUAUUUUCAUUAUAUUAAGCUUUUCCUCAUGAGGCCAGUCUUGUUCAUUUCUCUUCUACUCUUGUCAACCCUCUUGUAUGAAGCUCAAGGCAGACAUUUGAGAAAAGGAGGAGACCUCCCAGCUAGGAAUCACAGAACCAAUGAAAAUGGUAGCAUAAGAAGAAGUGGAGAGAAGAAGAUUGAUGCAUGCAAAGAUGGGCAAUGUUCCUCAUCAUCAUCUGCAUCUGCAGGAAAAAAUAGGAAACUUAUUGCCAAAACAACCUCUUCUACUUAUAGUACCACCACCACUUCAAAGAAGCUCAAGAAUGAAGGAACUAAAGCUAACCCCAUACCAAAGAAAGAAAACUUUUCAGUGAAUUCUUCGCCGGAAACCGGCCACCGGGAAACGUCUUAUCCGAACGUGUUCGACCUAGCAGGGAUGGAUUACUCCCCGGCGAGGAGAAAGGCUCCAAUACACAACUAAGGAAAAAAAUUAAAAUAAUGAAAUUAAAGUGAUAGUAGUGGUCAAUCAAUUUGCAGAAGAGAACAUUCAUAUGCUUCCAAAUAGAUCAGAACGAAUAGAAGCUGAGACAGCGCCAUCUGAAAUGCUGCAGUGUUUUAAGGAUUAGGAAGAUUUUGUGCAUAAAAAAAUAGUGUCACUUUAGUGAGUAGUACAUUAUAUAUUAUUAUUAUUAAUUGCUCGAUGAUUAGAUUAUAAUUAAUCAUUCAAAGGAGCUAAGUAUACUUUGUAAAUACUAUAGGGAUCGGAGUACAAUUCUCCCCACAAAUAUCAGUUUAAUAAAGUAGUAAUAAUAUUCUCUCAUUUUAUUCUA